CUGUUCCCCCACCCACGUCAGUGUGAUGUCGGUCUGUCCAUCCUCCAUCUGAUUGUUUUGCACUACCUUACUGCUGGGGAAAACUUUGUUUUUUGUUGAAAUUUGGUGUUGGUUGUGCUAGUCCAACAAGCAAUAAAUUAUCCCUACGCUAUUUUGAGCAAGAUAAGCCGAUCAAAAUGUUUGGGUUCAACAUGUUUCCGGAAACACUCCGGCCAUUCAAUGUGCAAUAUAAAUGUUUCUCUGUGUCGAUGUUGCCUGGCAAUGAACGCGAUGAUGUUGAGCGAGGGGGUAAAAUAAUUAUGCCUCCCUCUGCUCUGGACCAACUAACAAGACUGAACAUAAUCUAUCCUAUGGUUUUCAAAUUGACCAAUAGACUUACCAAUAGGAUCACUCAUUGUGGUGUAUUGGAGUUUGUUGCUGAUGAAGGAAAGGUCUACCUACCUCAUUGGAUGAUGCACAAUCUUUUGCUUCAAGAAGGUGACUUUCUAAAUGUAGAGAGUACAUCUUUACCAGUUGCAACAUUUUCACGUUUCCAGCCUCAAUCUCCAGAUUUCUUAGACAUCACAAACCCCAAAGCGGUUUUAGAGAAUGCUCUCCGUCUCUAUGCUUGCCUGACCACAGGAGAUGUAAUUGCCAUCAAAUAUAAUGAUAAGGUUUAUGAACUUUGUGUUUUAGAAACCAAGCCAGGCCCUGCUGUUACCAUAAUUGAAUGUGAUAUGAAUGUGGAUUUUGCUCCACCAGUUGGCUAUAAAGAGCCAGAGCGAGUUCCAGCAAAGGAUGAAGACAUGCAAAUAGAUCCAUCAGAACUUAUGCCAGAACCAACCGGUUUCAUUGCAUUUAAGGGAGAAGGUAACAGGCUUGAUGGAAAAAAGAAGAAGUCUACAUCCAUUUCUGAAGAUGUUCCUACUCCGAAGUCAGCUCAGUACCAGAGAGGUAUACCAGAUUAUGAUUAUAAAAUUGGUACUCUGAAAUUUUUGAGAAAUUCAAAACCAAACUCAUCAAAGGAUUCACAGGAUGGCAAUAUUGAGUUUAAAGCGUUUCAUGGAGAAGGUAACUCUCUUCGAAGCAAGAAAGCUUGAUACAGAUCUUCUUUC